GUCUUGUAACUGUAAUUGAGAUUUUUCCUUUGUUUGGCUAUGCUGUUUUUAGUUUUACUUAAUGAACACAUCUGAGUAGGUUUUCCACCGUGAGCAGUCGUUAAAGUAUUCUGGGAGUGUGUGGGAAUAAAAUAGCCGCCGUGUAAUCCCCUGGCAGUGUAAACAGCCCACACCGGGCUGUAGGUAAGCUCAACCCCCUCACACAGACAGGACUCACUCCUCAGGAGGUCACAGCUCCGUCGACACCGCUUUCUCCUUAGCUUUCAUGAGUCUUCGCACACCAAAAUUGUUUUUUGCGUCUGUUUUCCGUGGCUGAAGAACAUAAAAUGAUUUGACAAAGACAUGGAGCACAAACCGGAGGAGUUUGGUGGAGCUACGAGGCGACAACACGGCGGAAUAAGUCCCAGUGGGUUGUGAAGCUACAGGGCCAGGAGCAUGACCGAGCAGCAGGAGCAGAACGAAGAAACAGGCCUGCUCCCUACACAGGACCUGGACCACUCCAAGGACGACGACACGCACGGACACUUCAGGUUUCAGCUGAUUGAAGACUUGUCCUAUGAGGAUGUGAAGAAAUGUUACCGCGGCUCGACUGUCAGCAAGUACAACUCGCAGUACCACAAACUGUUCCAGUGUGUGCCCAAGGAUGAGAUCCUCAUGAAAGUGUACUCAUGUGCUCUUCUCAGAGACAUCCUUCUACAAGGCCGGCUCUACAUUUCCAGAAACUGGCUGUGUUUCUAUGCCAACCUCUUCGGCAAGGACAUUAAGGUGGCUAUCCCUGUCGUCUCUGUGAGGCUGGUGAAGAAGCACAAAACAGCAGGCCUUGUGCCAAAUGGCUUGGCUAUCACCACAGACACCGGCCAGAAGUAUGUAUUUGUAUCUCUUCUAUCAAGAGACAGUGUAUAUGACGUCCUCCGCAGGAUCUGCACACACCUACAGGUCAAUGGGAAGAGUCUGAGCUUGAAGCAGUUCAUGGAGGAGCCGACCUUAUCGCUGGACGAGUUCCCGGUUCCAGACGAGUUCCCAGUGGUUGACGAGUUCCCAUCAGUGUUAAAGUGGAGAAGGAAACCGUCUGUGGUGUCUGUGUCGUCCUCCCUCCCUGACCUCCUGGGGAACUCCACUGGCAGCCUGAGCGCCGCAGACACGCCCUUCAAAUCUGAACAGCCGCUGGAAGAGCGAGCUCUGCAAACAGACAGAGGUCUUUUAUCAGAGCCACUGGCAGAGCUGGGCCAGAUGGAGUACCAGCUGCUCAAGUUCUUCACCCUGCUAAUCAUUCUCCUCAUCCUGUCGUCCUGCUACCUAGCCUUUCGUGUGUGCAGUCUGGAGCAGCAGCUGUCCUUCCUCAGUAACCCAAAUCUGCCUCUGAGAGAGAGGUAACCACUGCUCUCCUCUGUGACCCGUCAGAUUGGUCGGCUGUUUUCUCUUCCCAUGCUUUGAGACGACGAUGCCCUCCUGCACAGAUCUAGGACCUGCGAGUCCAGGCAUUUCACAGACCCCGCCCCCUCCUCCUCAGAAUGCAGAAUGACUUCCUAUUUAGAGAUCACUUCCAGACUAUGCAAACAGACUGCCUAUUUAUUUCUGAAUCUAAAGUAGGUUUACUGUAGCUUAUGAUUGUCAUUUUACCUUGAACUACAUGAUUCUCUACACACCAAAACCGGGAGCAGAUUAAUGUUUGUCACACUGAUCAAGUAUAGGAGUGGUAAUGGAGACGAGAGGUGAGGUUGGUGUUGGAGGAUGUAAGAGAUAAUUCAACACAUUAAUUACUUGAAAAAGUAACGAUAUUUCAGGUUGAUUCUGGUGUUAAAAAUGCAACAUAUUAGCAUAUUAACAUAUAGCUGACAAGCUACGACGAUGCACUUUUUAAAGAUAUGUCCACAUUAUUUCAAAUGUAUGCAACUAUUUUAAGAGUUUAGAUCUAUUUUUGCUUGAAAAUAGGUACUCAGAUGUCAUUUUUGAGAGUAUUUAUGGAAGGAAGUCGUGUUAUGACCCCAGACACUUGACUGAAUGAAGUUACCUGUCAUUUAACUGUAAUAUACUGGAGCGAUAACACCACAUGUGAGUGUUAACUUUAAUGUGAAUGGUUAGCUGACAUGCAUAAUUUUUGUUUUUAGUUGUACUAAUCUGCUGUGUGAAAGGAGUUUUGUUUCUUUUGUAAAUUUCAAGUGAAGUCACCAAAGACUUAAAAAUGAUUGAGAUGUAUUCAAUUAUAUCUUUGUCUGAAGAUAUUUAAUGAUUUUGGAGACAUGGGUUGAAUGUAGUCUUAGACUAAUUUGUGAAAUCCUUAUGAAUUAAAUUGGCAACAAAAUGAAGAUAAACAAAAACUGUUUGCGGCUUUUAAUUUAUUUUUUGUCAUUUUGUGUGCCAAACCUUCCAUCCUGUCAUAUUGGCACGACACACUGGGCCACCAUGAAAAUCCUCGACUCUGACAGCGCAGCACAUUUUAGUAACCUCUGC